AUGGUGAAGAAGAAGAACCUCGCUACCGCCGCUAGUUCCGUGAGCGGCGGCGCCGCCGCCAAGGCCUCCUCAAAUCUUCCGAAGAGAAGUGCUCCUUAUGCUCCUCCCCCAGCUCCGGCGCCGCCAGCACCGCCAAGCUCUGUAGCUGUGACCAAUCCCGGAGAUUGGCUAGCGUCCUCCAUCACGAAGCGUGGUGAAAAGAGGUCCCGAAGCCUUGGUCUAGUCUCCUCCGACGAGGGGAAUACCCCCAUAGCUUCUGGGAACUUGCAUGACCUGCCGGAUGAUACUUCCGAGGGGGGAGGUUCCUCAACCCUUGACAAAUUUCAUACUGUUGAAAACAUAAUCUCAAAGGACGAGCAUGACGAUCCGAUAGAUUCUGAAGCUGCCUUUAUCAAUCCUCCUCCCCCAGCCAACGAUACUUGCGACACAGCGGGAUCAGUGCAUGAUGAAGAAGUUGAUCAUGAUACCUUUGUUAAUGCAGCUGUGGAGGUGGCCAGAGCUUCACCGGCGAAGAUAUCGACCGGCGGCUUUGCCGAUGAAGACGAUCUCUUCGAGCUUGACGAAGGAUUCAUCGAGCCUCCGUCUAAGAAGGCCAAAUCUGGUGCCGCUCCGCCGACUGUUGCAGCUUCCGAAGCUUCGGCUCCAACUGCAGCCCCUGCGGCUCAAGUAUCGACUGCUUCCUCCAUUUCUAGGGGGAAAGAUAUUCCUUCGACUGCUUCCGCCACGACUCCUCCUUCAGGGAAACCUGAUCUACGAACUGUCAUAUCUUCUCUGGAGACCUUCGCCUCCCAAUUCACCUCCCUGGAAGCGGACAAGGCUCGGCUGCAAAAGGAAGUUAAGUCUUCCUCCUCAAAAUUGGAAGAGGCCGCCGAUAUCCCUGCUGAUGCUCUGGAUAAGCUUCCAAACAACUCUCCAGCAAACGGGGUGUCGAUGACUCUUGCUUCACAUCAGCUUACUGUUGACGCGUAA